UGUACCACUGCCCUCUUGUGGUGGAGUAAGCUAGCUAGCUAACUGUUGGAUGUGCUCGUCCUCAGGAUGGUGAGAAGCCUUGUGACUGGCAAGUGAGAAGAACAAGCAGGACAGGCAGAGCGUGUUCAGUACACACGCGAACCUGCUGAAGGCCGUUGGAGUCGUGCGUUGUAAAUCAUGUACAUAGUUACUGAUAUUAUUCGGGACGGAUGCACAUGAAUGGCCAGCCGCACAACUUGGAGCUGUUAAACCUAGCAGCGAGUGUGAAUAUCCACCAACGGCCAACAUCGUCUGAAUUGGAACACGUAGCUACACCAAGUGCUCUCCUGUCUCUCACACAGACGGAGGCUCGACGACUCCGGUGGGGAUUUCCAAGCCGAAUACAUCGCAGCAAAGCGUAAAAAAAUGUAAAGAGAAAAACAAACGGAACCGCGAAUUUUUCUAAAGCUUUUUCGUAAAUGUAUUUUUUCAGUGGGUGUACAAAUAAUAAUUUUGUAGACCGAAAGCCCAGUGUAAACCUCGUGUAAUAACGUUUGUAAAAAAAUAAAUAAUAAGAAAUUCAGUUAUCGGUGAGUUAACGUUAGCUAUCUGGGCAGAGCAGCUCGUUUUUUAAAUGAAGAUAUCGCUGGACUGACGAGGUACGAUGUUGCAUUCGGGUUUUACUUGAAGAUAUUCACACAUAUCAGUUUGAAAGAAAAACACUGCAGCUUUCCCAGCAGGGUUGAAAAAACUGGUUUAGUGUGUGUUCCUAAGAGCUGGGAGACGUGUGGUUUACUUUCAUUAGUACUGCACCUACGUGGAAAUAAAGAGCAUGUAGGACAUGGUGAGGAGGAAAGUGAGGACAGAAACUAUUCUCUAACAGCUGUGUUCUAACCCUGCUGUGCUACUGUAAAGCAUCUAAUAAAAGUAGACAGCGGAGGAAACGUGGGAGAGGGUCACCAGUUUGACCAAAGACGGCCUUCAGUCACCUGCAGCACUGGAAGAACAGCUUUACCGACUAGAAGGGGUGAGUGGGUGACCACAGAAAGAGAGAGAAACGGGGACUGACGGAGGAGCAAAGGUUUGGAGGAGGAGGAGGCGGGGGAGGUCGAGGUGUAGUGGGAAAGGCCGUUCCCCAUGGCUACUGACCCAGGAGAGCCCACAGGCACCGAGGACUCCUCUGAGAAACCUGAUGGACAGAGGGAGGAGGACACGGAGCAGGAGGGCAGGGCCAACCCACAGAGGGAGAGGACACACAGCACCUCCUCAGACUUCUCCUCCUCCCACACUCAGGAGAGGAAAGCGACAGGAGGAGAAGGAGAAGGAGGAGGAGGAGAAGGAGGAGGGGGAGGAAGAGGAGUAGGGGAAGCCAGCCAGGAGGGUAAGGAGAACCCAGUCAGACCGAUUUCCUUCUCCACACCCUGCUUACUAGUCGACACUGGCCAGAAACGACUGAGGAGGGAGAAGCGCUUCUUCAGGAAGAGUGUGGAGAUUUGUGAGGAGGACAAUGAGGUGGAGGUGCUCCCAGAGGCGCCCCACAGUGCCCCCCACCUGGAGCUGCGUUCAGACUCAGUCUUCACCAGCAGUGUCCAGCAGCAAGGGGCUGCUUCAUCCUGUGCUGCCAUGGGCCAUGAUCCAUCCUUCCCCAGCUCCAGCCAGGAGCCGGGCAAGGAGGUACCUUCCUCCGCACCCACCCAAAGGGGGAAGGAGAGGGACCGUGAGCAGGAGGAGGAGGCAGAGAUGAAGGCUGUGGCCACCUCUCCUGGAGGCAGGUUCCUUAAGUUUGACAUUGAACUGGGCAGAGGAGCCUUCAAGACUGUGUAUAAAGGCCUGGACACAGAGACUUGGGUGGAGGUGGCUUGGUGUGAACUUCAGGAUCGCAAGCUGACCAAGGCGGAGCAGCAACGCUUCAAGGAGGAGGCAGAGAUGCUGAAGGGGCUCCAGCACCCCAACAUCGUCCGCUUCUAUGAUUCCUGGGAGUCUGUGCUCCGUGGCAAGAAGUGCAUUGUCCUGGUCACUGAACUCAUGACUUCAGGAACACUCAAAACUUACCUGAAGCGCUUUAAGGUGAUGAAACCCAAGGUCUUGAGGAGCUGGUGUCGGCAAAUCCUGAAGGGGCUUCACUUCCUUCACACCAGGACUCCUCCAAUAGUCCAUCGGGACCUGAAGUGUGACAACAUCUUUAUAACAGGCCCCACAGGCUCGGUCAAGAUAGGUGACCUGGGACUGGCCACUCUUAUGAGGACCUCCUUUGCCAAGAGUGUCAUAGGAACCCCGGAGUUUAUGGCUCCAGAGAUGUAUGAGGAGCACUAUGAUGAGUCUGUUGACGUCUACGCCUUUGGGAUGUGCAUGCUGGAGAUGGCCACUUCAGAAUACCCCUACUCUGAGUGCCAAAAUGCUGCUCAGAUCUAUCGCAAAGUCACAAGUGGUAUAAAGCCAGCCAGCUUUGAUAAAGUGAAUGACCCAGAGAUCAAAGAGAUCAUUGAAUGCUGCAUUCGUCAGAACAAGAGCCAGAGACUCUCCAUCCGAGACCUCCUGAACCAUGCAUUCUUUGGGGAGGACACAGGGGUGCGGGUGGAGCUGGCAGAGGAGGACACAGGCACCCAGGACUGUCUGGCUCUCCGGAUUUGGGUUGAAGAUCCCAAGAAGCUAAAGGGGAAGCACAAAGACAACGAAGCCAUCGAGUUCAGCUAUGACCUGGAGAAUGAUAGCGCUGAGGAAGUGGCUCUAGAGAUGGUAAAGUCAGGAUUCUUCCAUGAGAGUGAUGCGAAGGUGGUGGGAAAAUCCAUCCGGGACCGAGUAAAUCUGAUCAAAAAGUCACGGGAGCGUCGACAGCAGCAGCAGCUCCUCCAGCAGCAGCAGGGCUUUGAAGAAAGAAGAGACUCCACUCUCACCUCCUACACCUUAUCUCAUCCAUCCUGCCCAUCCUCACUGGGGCCAGGGGCAGCUGGACAGACAGGAGGAGGACAGGAGUCUGAAGAGCCGCCUGAGGUGGACCAGCAUGUCCGACAGCAACCCAUUUUCAGUGGGACAAACCUUAGUUUGCCAGAAGGUGAGAGCAUUGGGUCUGCCAGCUGUGAAUCCUAUGCAAGUGGACAGAGCCAGGCGUACUCUCAGCAAGGGCAAUCCUACACCCACUCCCAGACUGCUCUCCCCCCUAUAGCAUCUAGCACUGGCACAUUGGCUCAUCAUCAAAUGCUCCCAAUUGGUGAGAGUGGAAGUGUUCCAAAUGUGCCUAUUGGUCAUAGUUUUAGUAUGUCCAGCAUGUCCGUAGGCCAAAGUGGAGGAGGACCUGUUGGUCAGACAUUUCUUCAGCCCAUUACCAUGGUUCCACAGGUAUCACCAAGUCUCCCUCAACAAUAUUUUCAGUCGCAAACAUUCUCAUCAGAUGCCACUCCCCAUGGGUCAUUGGCCCCCUCACAGUCAUACAUACCCCCUGUUUCACUACAAGCACCCAUUAAUGUUCUCACUACAUCCAUGUCAGUCAGGGAUCCUGCUGGACUAGAGGGGAGCAUUGUGCCCCUCGCUCAGGAGACCCAACCCCCUGCCACUCCCAUGCAGCUCACUGACAUCAUUCCCCAGCCAGCACCCCAGCAAACACAGCCUGUCAUGAUCCCUCAGCAGACUAUUGUCCAACAACAACAGAUAGGGAUGGAUCCCCAGACCUCCGCCUUUCAGCAGCAGCCGCAACAGCAAAUGGAGGCCCAGGCCACUCAGCUCGAACAACCAGUUAGUGCCACUAAGCCACCAACGGAACAUCAUUCACAGAGUCUUUCAGCUAUUGCUGUCCAGAAACAUCAACAUGAGCCUCAGCAGCAGAUCUAUGUACAGCAGCCUGUUCCUCCUGUCCACACAACUCCUCAGCAGCAAGUAUUACCUACACAACCAGGUAUGGAGCAGCAAGCUAUGUCAUUACCACAGCCAGGGGAGCAACCUCAGACUUACAAACAGCAACCGACAGGGGAUCCUCGUGAACAGACCAUGAUACAACCACAUCUGCAACAACAGUUUCAGCAAACUCUGUUACAACAGCAACAACUGAUUGAGCAACAUCAUACGUACGUCCAGCAACAGCUUGAACAGCAGCAACAAAAAGCACUGCUUCAACAGCAGCAACAACAACAGGCCCAACUACAACAACAUCAACUGGAGCAGCAGCAAGCACUUAUACACAAGCAAUUGUUGGAUCAACAACAGCAGCAAGCUCUUAUUCAACAGCAACAAGAGCAGCAGCAAGGUCUUGUACAACAACAGCAACCACAACAAGCACUUUUACAACAUCAGUUAGAGCCUCCUUUACAGCAACCACACCAGAGUCAGUUAUAUCAACAAAUUGGAAUACAAAAAGAACCAGAGAAGCUACAGCAAAGUGGACAACACCAUCAACAAAUUGUAUCGCAGCAGCAACCCCAGCAGACACAACAGCAAAAAGAACAAUUGCAGCAGCAAGCCUUACUCCGACAAAUGGAACAACAACAGCAACAAGCACUGAUACAACAGCAUCUGCAACAGCAGGCUAUUUUACAACACCAUCAGCUACAACAGAAAGCUCAGCUAAAGCAACAGCAACAUGAGCAGCAACAAGUGCAACUCAAACAUCAGAUAGAGCAGCAGCAGCAAGCUCUGUUGCAACAACAGUUUGAGCAACAGCGUCAGCAACAAGUCCUGUUACAACAACAACAAGCAGAGAGAUUACAGCAACAGGCUCUGAUACAGCAACAAAUUCAAGAGCAGCAGCAGCAAGCAGCCAUCAUUCAACUUCAGCAAACUGAGAAGCAAGAGGCUGUCCCUAUUCCACAAAGCAACCGUGAGCAGCAGAUUCAGCAGCAACCAACUGAUAUACAGCAUGUGUGUAUCCCAAAACUAAACACUACUCCGUUCACACCUCAUACCACUCUCACACAGCAGCAAGUGAUGGAGCAAAAGCAGCAAGGAGCAUUGAUCCAGCAGCAGCAAGCAUUUGUUGCCCAGACGCAGCAUCACAGCUCUGUGAUGGAACCUAUUAUCCCAGUAGGAGCUCCACCCGGCAAUGAGGUGAUUCAGCACCCAACUCAAAUUGUCUCACAGGCCCAGGUCCCCAUGGCCGUUCAGACUACACACAUCCCUGUCCAGACAUUAGCUGUUGUCCCAGCUCAAGUCCUUACACAGCAAGAACAAGGUGAGGCUCAUCCUCAGAACCAGGUCCCAGUCCAAUUUAUAGCCCAGUCCACAGUCCAAGCAGCUCAGGCUAUGGUUGAGGCCCAAGGAACUCCUCCUGCGGCAGUGAUCCAGGGACAGACUCACAUCAUCCAGACCCAGCAAAUUCCUUUACAGACUAGUUACCCAGGACCUGCCACUCCCACACAGAGCCAGGUAACUGCUCAGCCAUUGAUCCAGACUCAGCCUCUGCACCUGACAAUUGGUCAGUCCCAGGCACCACAUGGUCAAGCCCCAACUGUGGACAUUCAGAUGAUGGGCCAACAAAGCCUAGCUACUGUCCAGCCUCCAGCUGCAAUUACCUCAAUUCCAAGUCAGAUCCAACAUGAGACUCUUGUUCAGCAGCCAGGGCUCAUGCAGCCCCAGCUCCAGCAACAUACUCAAGGCCAGCCACCUAGUCACAUGCAUGCUCAGGCUACUGCUGGCCUUUACCCUCCUCAGUAUGUCCCUCAGCCUACCCACCAAGCCAUGCCAUCUGUACAACAGGAUAUAAUUCCUAUUACACAACAGCAGCAGCAACAAGAGCCUGUACUGCAAUAUCAGCAGAUUAUUCUGUCUCCUAGCUCCACUGGAAGUGUUGGAACUACAACAGAAAGUCUCAGUUCUGCAGUUGACCCUGUAAACUUUGUUGCUACUCCUCAUCCUGUGCAGCAGACUGGGCAAGCCUAUGGUCCAGGCCAAACAACCCUACAUCCAGUUGUUCAGGCCCAGAAGCAGCCCCUAGGAGGCACUGCUGACCCUUCAGUUAUUCAGUCUAUCUCCCAACCUCCUAUGCCUCAGUCUGCAGUGCAAAACCAGCAACAGCUACAGCUUUCUCAAGCGCAGCAACCACUAGCUCCACCUUCUCAGCAGGCCCAGUUAUUGGCACAGCCCAUCCCAACUCCCAUCCAGCAACCUCUUCCUAUAAAGCAGGCUUUGAUAGCCCUCAACGAGAGUCAGCUGCCCUCACAGUGCCCACCUGCUUCACAUCUGGCGACCCAUCCUUCUGCACAGAUAGGCCCCAGUAAUGUUGCAGAGUCUCAGAACAGGACUCUGCCCCUCUAUAGUCAUCUAGUGGCAGGCGCCCCUCCGUCUCCGCAGCACCAAGCCAAGCAGAUGCUGCCAGCUCACACACAAACCAGCUUUCAGGUCCAAACACACUCCCAAAUGCAGACACAGACACAACCUCAUUCUCACACUCAGACUCACACUGAGAUACCUAUUGCUGAACAGCCUGUUCAACCCCAUGCUGUUUUUCCUGCACAACAAAUGCCCCUCAGCCCCUCUCAUACCUCAUGUCCCCCAACAUCACUACCAUCUCUCCCAUUCCUACUAUCCCAUCAUCCUCCUGUUGCCCCUGUGCCAGAGCUGCCUACAUCUCCGCCAGAGGCCCAGGUAACCUUACCAAGGCAGGCCGACUUUAUACCCACCUCCCCUCCGCCUGUUACUACUCUACAAUUGCUUGAAUCUAAUGCCCCCAAACUGCCCCAAGCCUCGCUGCAAGACUGUGCCCUUUCCCUGCUGGGCAUUGUUCAGGAUGGUCCGUACCUGUCAAGUACAGAACAUCAUUCAUCAUCAGGGUCUGUUCCAGCUAAUGGAGAAGAAACUCUUCAGCUCUUGGCCAAUGGGAAGUUUGAGAAGUUAAAGUCUCAAAGACGUGCUUCCUGCCAGAGGCCUGAGAAAGUUUCACAUCAGUUUCAACUGAGUAUGCUCCAGGUGUCAGGCAGUGGGGACAAUAUGGUGGAAUGUCAGUUGGAAACCCAUACCAACAAGAUGGUGACAUUUAAAUUUGACAUUGAAGGGGAUGCACCAGAGGACAUAGCAGAGUACAUGGUGGAGGAGGACUUUGUCCUUGAUGUGGAGAAAGAGAAAUUUGUUGAGCAGCUUAGAACCAUAGUUAAGAAAGCUCAUGAAAUUCUUCAAACACAUUCACAGACUGGAUCAACUGACCAGUUGCAUGUGAGCACUCCCACUAGUUCUUCAGUAGACUCAGUGCCCCAUUCCUCCCCAGUGGGACGCUGGCGCUUCUUUAUCAACCAGACCAUCCGCCAUAGAGAUUCUCUAUCCGGUCAGGGAGCAGGCACGCCACCACCCACUGCAGAGAUGAGGAUACCUCAGUCUACAGUGAGAGGUGAGCUCUACCCAGCUGUAGAAAGUGAAGCAUCCCAGAGUCUGGAGUCCUUGACUGGAAUGGCUCCUCCCCCCUGCCCCACCCUAGCUGUCACCUCCCCUUCAAUCUCCACUGUCUCAGCCCCUGCCUCCAUUGCCCCCUCAGCCACUGCUGCUCCGGCUCCUCACACAACUGCCUGUGAAAGCAUCUCCGCACCAGCCUCCACUCUUGAAGCCUCUAUCCCUAUCACUGCUUUAAGUGGUAUUGACCUGCCAGUCCUCAACUCAGCUUCUGUUAACCAAAUGUCCAGUGUUCCCUCAUCCAUAGCAAUACCUGCUGCUGCUGCUAACCUCCCCACCUUGUCUACUGCUCCUAUUGUUGUGUCUUCCACACCCACCACCAUUCUCCAUGAUGUUCUCACUUCUCCUGGAAGCAGUGGUUGCUGCAAUGUUGGUCAAAUUAUAGGGGAUACAGUGACAACUGCUCCAAGGUUAUAUGUGCCUGCAGUGGACCAGUCAACCUCUUUUCAUUCCCCUCCUGCUGCUGCAGUGAUCUCUUCUGUGGUAAGCCAACUUGACAUGGAGCAGCAGCAGACACUCACUCAGGUGGCCAAGCCAGCCCCACAACAGCCACAACAACAGCCACAGCUACAGGCAUUACAGCUUGAACAACAGGUACAGCAGAUGCAGCAGACAACGCCACAGCAACAACCGCUAUUACAACAUCAAGUGUACCAAGAACAAAUUCAGCUGCAGCAGGAACGAGCACUACAACAAUCUCUACAGCAGUUACAACAUCAGCAACUAAUGCAGCAACAAAUACCACUUCAACAACAGCUCACUGACAUGCAGGCAGUGCCUCUUUCGGGUCAUACAGAGUUGUUACAACAGUCUGUGCCUCUGCAGCAAUUUCUGCCAUCAAUGCCCGUACAACAGACCCAACAACCCCUUCUUCAACAGCAAACACCACAGUAUACCCCACAGUUGCUGCAACAGCCUCAGUUACAACAGUUUCCACAGCAGGUUAUGGCACCCCAAGCUGCUGCAGUGCCUCAACAGCAGGCCCACAUUGAUCACCAACAGUUAAACCUACAACAGACAAUACACUUACAGCAACAGCAAAUGGUGCAACAGCAGCUACAGCAGCAGCAACCUCAGCUUUUUAUGGGUGCUGUGGCUUUAAAGCCAGAUCAAAGCCAAAUGCUUCCCCUGUCAAUUAAUCAACAGUUUCUUCAACAACAGGCACAGUUAAAUGUUAGCGCUGUACUGCAACAGCAGAUUCCACAACAAACCCAAAUCCCUGCUGAGCUGCCACAACAACAUAUACAGUCACAGAAACAGCUGCAACACACUGAGCAGCAACAAGAGGUGGUUAAAGCCAUGGACACACCCAAGAAACAGCAGCAGUUUGUGCUGCAGAAGCAGUCCUCUUUACAGAUGUCCGAGUCAGAGGUGUCCACAGGAGAGACAAGUUUCACAGAGGACACAUGCAGCUACUCUACCCCUUUUCACCCUUCCUCUGACUCCUCUAUGCCUCCUCUCCAGCUAGGCAUUGCUGAAGGCCCCGUACCCGCUCUCUCCCUUACAAUGACACCUUCCCCUGCUCAGCCUUCCUCUGUGGCCGAGUCAGACAGCGAAGGCCCUCCCAAAAUUGAAUUUGUAGACAACCGCAUAAAGACAUUGGAUGAAAAGCUGAGGAACUUGUUGUAUCAGGAGUACAGCAGCGGGGCAGCACCAGCCGGGGGAGCGGCCUCUGGUCCUACAUCAGCUGCCUCCACAUCAGCAGGAGGAGACGAGUCAUCUGAGCCACAGUUGCUCCACCACAUGUCUUUCCCCCCACCGGCCUCCUCCUCAGAUACUUCCCCUCACUCCUCAUCCUCGUCUUCCUCCUCCACCUCCUCCCGUUCCUCCUCUACCUCUCCUGACCCAGAGAGGGAUGGCAGAGGAGAGAAAGCUUCCUCAGAAGUGCCCAGCUUUGUGGAGAUGGGCCCGGUCAAGCAACAGCCUGGCCCAUCUCUCCCCUCCACCUCUGCCUCGUCCACCCCUCCUACCUCUCUUCUGCCUCCCAAUGACGAUGAAUCUACUGGUCCCCAGCGUCCACCUGUACCAGGAGAACCAACCAUUCUUGCUGUACCCCCACACUCUGACACCAGUACCACUGGAGACGCAUCGUGGCCCCCCAAUCAGCACCCGAUCCCCCUCCGGCAUGGACAGCAGAAGCACAAUGCAGGAGGUGGAUAUUUUGGCCUAAACCUGACAUGUCCUAGUAUCAGAAAUCCUGUUAGCAAGAAAUCCUGGACUCGCAAAUUCAAAAACUGGGCGUGCAAACUGCGCCACUCCGCCAGCUUGUUCAAGAAGCCCAGAGUCCAGCAAGAUGGGUGCUCCAGCAGUCAGGCACUUAGAGAGGAGAAGGAGGCGCCACCCCUAAAUCCACCUCAUUCCCGCAAAGGAAGAUUUCAUGUAACUCCAGUGCUCCAGUCCUCUCCCCCGAAGGCUGUGCCAUCAGGCCAUGGCAGCACUCACAGGAAAGUCGGACGCUUCUCUGUAACCCAGGCUGAGACUAAGAAACAGGACAGGCAGACAGACAGCUCCCCGGUGUCUCCUGAUUUGGAGAGGGAAAGGAGAAGAUCUCGCACAAAGGAGGGAGAGAAAGAUGAAAGUAAAAGGACCCCAGCAAUGGCUCACCUGCCUCGGGGUCAUGGGCACAGCCACUCACCUCUGGGCAGCAGCGAUGAUGAUGAUGAUGAGUGUGAGCUGGAGGAUGAAGACCUGAGAAAAGAACUACACAAGCUCAGAGAGAAGCACAUCAAAGAGGUGGUAUCCCUUCAGUCCCAGCAGAACAGAGAGCUACAGGAGCUGUACAGACAGCUUCGUUCCCUCAAAGACCAAAGGCAGAGUCUGCCUGCCUCCCUGUCUCGAACCCCUCCUCUUCCCAUGGGACCUCCUGUACUCUCUCCUCGUAGGCCAAGGCCAGCCAAAAUCAAGAUCCGGCCCCGGCCUCACUCUCACAUGGAUAACAAUGGAGUUACGCACUCUGGGAUUCAGCAGUCAAGUAGUUUCUCGGGUAGUGAACAGAGUAGACUGCCUCUAAACUGCAACCCAGAACACUGCACUUCACUGCUUGCUAAAAGAGAUCACAGUCCUCUAAGAAAAAGCACAUUCACAGAUGAACUGCACAAACUCGUUGAUAAUUGGACAAAGGAGACGGCGGGCCCUGCCCCACCCAAGCCUUCGCUGAAUCAAAUCAAGCAGAUUCAGCAGGUGCAGGAGUUGGGAGGCUGGAGCCAGCCGACGGAGGUGGCUCCACCAGGUUGGUUUCCAGUGGCGUCACUGAACCCCCAGGCACCCCCGACCCCUGCCAGCUUGCCUGUGGCAGCCCCUUCCCAAUACCCAGGUGGAGGAAGCCUGUCCACCCUGCACUCUCCGGGACCACCACCACAAACGCACAUGGCUCAAGUGCCACCAAUGCAGCAAAGUUUACACCUCCAUCAGUCUCUCCCCCUCCAGCAGAUGACCUAUCAGCAGUCCCCACUCUGUCAGCAGAUACCACAGCCCCGGAUGCAAACUGCCAUACAGUCCCAGUCACAACCACAGACACAACCCAUCACCCAGCUGCCCCACUCACCACCUCAAAGCCAACCACUACUGCCUUCCCAAAUGCCCACAUAUUCAGUGUCCACAGCUGUGUCAAUGCUGCCUGGCAGUGGCACCACUGCACCCACAGAUAGCACUGCUGCUACUGGGGGGACAUUUUGCUCCUGUUCCUCACCCUCCUCAACCUCUUCCUCCUCUUGCUCUACUGUUGCUCUACCUUCCAGUGCCAAAAUUCACCCAACACCCCCUACCUCUACUCUUCCUCUGGGACAGAAAUGAAACCAAGGUGAAGUGUGAGGUCUAUAUGAAGGUGCAAGAGAUGGAAAUACUAAGUGGAUCAGUAUGUAAAGCAGAUCCACUUUGAGUGUUAGUUAUGUGUAUGCGUGAGAUAGUUGUGACUCCAAUGAGUAUAUGGAUUCCGGUGUACUGCUGGAUGAGAUAGAGAGGGAAUGUGAGAGAUGAUAGAUUCUAGUAUGUACAGACAGAGGGUAAUAUGGAAUGCAGCAGCUGGGGUUUAUGAAUCAUGGUAUGUUUGGGUGUUGAGAUGUAUUAAUUCCUAAAUAUAUGAGUGUGUGCGUUUGUGAGUGUGGGUGAGUGUUUAUGGAUUAUCUGAGUACAUAUCCCUUGUGUCCUUUUACACAAAUUAACAUUCAUGUUUUUGUUUUCAAACCUGCUUAGUUGGACCUGAACUCACGAAAUAUUUGACAAUGUGUUUAAUUUGUUAAUGCUUAAUACAGUGAAAGGACUAUCAAUUCUAAAAGUGCAAUUAGUAAUGGUCAUCUAAAUUGAUCAGCAUGUAUUGUAUGGAUUUGUCAGUAAGGCAUAACAUAUUUUUGUAAAAGCACAUUGAUGAAAACCAGACGCAUAGAGGAUCUUCUCAUGAUCUAGAUGAUCUUUGAAAACUGUAGGCCUAGAGCACAAGGCAUUUCAAUGGGCAAUGAAAAAAUUUAAACAACCGCUAUUAUACAGCAAAGCAUGAUAGUUACCUGGCUACCAUCAUUACCACAAUGUGACUAAACACACUAUUGCAGUGUUGUGCUACAGCAUGUGCUUCAUUUGUAUUAUUUUAUGUUUAGCAGUUGUUACAUAGAAACACUCUGAAUUACCAUGAGUGAUGUGAUAUAAAUUCAGAUGAGUUCAUAAUAUGAUGGUAAAUUGAAAUAUGCCAUCUAUGUUCAGUUGUAUAUGUGGGUACAGUCAGCCCAAGACUGCAUAACCUUAUGACUAUCUUGACUUGCCAGAGUGCAAAGUGCUUGCACUUGCUGUAUAUUCAUGAACCUCACAUUUACUAUUUGCAGCCUACUGAGAAAAUUCAUCAGUCAUGAGUAAAAUUGCUUUCGGUAUGAAAUGCUUUCACAUUUAACAUUUUUGUUUUCAGUUUUAGCUCCACAUAUCAAAGUAUAUCACGGUGUCAUGCUGAGGGGGAAGAUGGAAAAAGAAAAAAAAACUGCCAAGUAACUAUAGACUGGGAAGAUGGGUUAUUCCCAUAUUGCCUUUUAAAAUUACUAGAUUUUUUGUGGGUGUGUGAGUGUAUAUUUUUUCAGUGUGACAAAGCUUUGUAAUAGUCCCAUGGUAUAUUGCAUUAUAAAUUGCAUCCCUGUUUCUUUCAUUCAAAGCGGCCUCUCAAAUGUCACUGUACCCAACUGAAAAUGUUUACUCUGCCUAUGUUUUGGGCUUGUUUCCUCGAGAGAAAAAAAACAAGUGAGAGG